GGCCGGUUUUAAGCCUAUUUGACCAAUUUUAUCAAAUUGGGCCCCGCACCUUAAGGGGGCCCCGCGCCAGCGGCGACAGAGUUACCGUUUGAAGCCUUUUCUGUAUUCUAAGAGGAAUAAACCACUACUGAAAACGUGAAAUGAAGAAUGAGAAAUUUUUAUUCCAAAAAUGGCUUGUUGGUGGAAUAGCUGAUUCUGAAUAUAAUGAUUAUUUUUCGUGUUCCAUGGAUACUUAUAUAGGGUAGUUUUUACUUUUGGGGAACGCACCGCAUUACCGUCGGCAAAUCCUUCAGCCCGGCGCCGCCAAAUCAUUCCGCCCGGAUUAUUGUCAUUGUUUGUCUUUUCUAAAAAAGAUAAUAUAAAAAGGCCUUACAUCAUGGCAAGCACAAGCAGAGAUCGAGACAAAGGGCGUCAAUAUUUAAGUGGCAACCAGAAACGAGCACUGGUCAAGGCUAAGGUAGCUGAAAAUGAAAAACAUAGAGGUGUUAUCAAAAAAUUCCUUGUCACUCCAUCUUUGAAGCGCCCAUAUAUUGAGGAUGAAGAAAACAAAAACUAUUCAGAAAAUUACGAUAUGGCUUUGAGUCCAAUUACAGUUGAUAAAUACAAUGAUGACAUUGAUAACAAAUUAGAAAAGGAUGACGCAGCUGUGAAUCAAAUUGAAGACGAUCUCAAUGCACCAGAAGACAGUGCCAAAGCAGAAAGCUUACUUAUGACCGGAGAAAAACAAGACCAAACAUCAUGCAUGAGUACAGUUGUAAUUAACAUGUAUGAUGACCCAACCAGUUGGCCAGCAGAUAUAAAUAAAAAUGUAAGAGAUUAUUUAACAAUGAAAGGUCCUCCUAAUGUUCCAGUGAUCAGCUUUCCAAGAAAUGAAAAGGGAUUGUGUUUUUCAAGGUUUCACUGUAAGAGGACACUUCCAAAUGGUGAGAGUGUUGAAAGACCUUGGAUUAUACACUCUCAGUCUGCUGAUAGAAUUUAUUGCUUUUAUUGCAAACUUUUUAGUAAGAACACAACCAGUACAUUAUCAACAAGUGGAUUCAACAACUGGUGUAAUCUUCAUACAAGGUUAUGUGAGCAUGAACAUUCAAAGAACCAUUUGAAAGCCACAUGGAGUUUCGGGGAGUUACACCAAAGACUUUGUAGUGGACAGACAAUUGACAAAGAGCUUGAAAAAAUCGUCAAUGAACAUGCAAAGCACUGGCAGCAAGUAUUCAAAAGGUUAGUAGCAAUAGUGCAGUUUCUUGCUGAGAGAAAUUUAGCAUUUAGAGGAACAAAAGAAAAUGUUGUUAAUGAGAGUGUGCACAAUGGAAACUUUUUAGGUCUUGUGGAGCUGCUUGGAAAGUUUGACCCUGUUCUUGAUACACAUUUGCGAAAAAUCAAAACCCACAAAAUUCAUAAUCACUAUUUAGGAAAAAAUACUCAGAAUGAACUACUAAACAUCAUGGCUACAGCUGUUUUGAAUGAAAUACUGAAACGUGUAAAAGCAGCUAAGUACUACGGCAUUAUUUUAGACUGCACACCUGAUAUGAGUCACCAAGAACAAAUGUCUCUAACGAUCGGGGAUGUGUCUGAUGGUAAUUUGGCUCCUUCGGGUGUUUAUGAACAUUUCAUAAAGUUUAUACGUUGA